CUCUCUCCCCUUGAUUAAACUGAAUCAAUCAUCUCAUCUUCUUCUUCAACCACUGCACCAACCGUCUUUGUAGGUCUGAGCUGAACAGCGAGGAUGAUGCCGGCGGCAGGAGGAUCUGGAGGGGAAAUAUGGAAAGCUCAUGCUGCAAUGGUGCUGGUUCAGCUCUGCUAUGGAGGCUACCAUGUUAUCACUAAAGUUGCUCUCAACGUCGGAGUCAACCAGUUCGUCUUUUGCGUUUACCGCGACCUAAUUGCGCUCUCUAUCCUCGCUCCGAUCGCCUUUAUUCGAGAAAAAAGAAUUAGGCCUCCAUUGACUCGAGGUCUUCUUGUAUCAUUUUUCAUUCUAGGGUUAACAGGGAUAUUCGGAAACCAGCUUCUGUUUCUCCUUGGUCUUGGCUACACGAACCCAACUUAUGCUGCAGCUGUACAACCUGCAAUUCCGGUUUUCACAUUCAUAUUUGCAGCAAUUAUGGGUACAGAAACAGUGAGGUUGUUAACUACAGAAGGUCAAGCUAAGAUUGGAGGUACUUUUGUUUGUGUCUCUGGUGCCCUAUUGAUGGUUCUGUUUCAAGGUCCAGCUGUGAUUGGCAAUACAAACACGGAAUUCACUUCACAAAGUGAAAUAAGUGCGAGAGGUCAACCGGAACCUUCUGGUUGGUUAACUUCCACUUUAAUGGAGGUUGGGUUUGACCACUGGCAUCUUGGUGUUCUUUGCUUAAUAUCUAACUGUAUGUGUAUGGCAGCUUAUUUAGCCAUUCAGGCACCACUUCUCGUAAAGUAUCCUGCAAGUUUAUCUGUGACUGCAUAUUCAUACUUGUUCGGUACUAUUCUUAUGGUGGUGACAGCAGCAUUUAUGAGUGGGGAGUCGGCUGAUUGGAGUUUGACGAAGUCUGAGCUUUUUGCAGUGAUCUAUGCGGGAGUGGUUGCAUCUGCCCUUAACUAUGGACUGUUGACAUGGUCUAAUAAAAUGAUAGGACCUGCUCUAGUUGCACUAUACAAUCCACUUCAACCUGCUGCAUCUACACUACUCUCAUUGAUAUUCCUUGGAAGCCCAGUUUAUUUGGGAAGCAUUUUGGGUGGAUCCUUAAUUAUUGUGGGGCUUUAUCUGGUGACAUGGGCUUCUUAUAGUGAAAGACAAGCUUCUUCUAUGGGAAUUAUAACUCAUGUUCCUCGAGAAGUUGAUCCCCUUAUCCAAAGGGAUUCGCCAGCUCUAUUAGGGAAGAUGCCAUACCAGAGGCUCUCUGCAACAUCACCAAAGUUGAUAUCGGAUUGAUUUGUUGAACAUACACAUUACCAUUCAGUUGAAAGUAAAUUACACCCGGUAUAAUUUGGAGGCUUGUUUCUAUUUUAUUUUUUUUUAUCUUGAAAGGAUAAAAAGAAGAAGAGAGGAUAGUACUUAGUGAUAGGUUCUUGUCAUUGAUUUUGGAAGAAUGAAUCAUUUUAUUAUUAAGUGUGAUCUUGAUUAAAGAUUUUGUUCU